AUGUUGUUUUUUAUUUUUACUUUUGCUGUUGCCUCCUGGAAAACUGACUUGAAGUUCCUCCCCACAUGUUCAUUCCCGCAGCUCUCGGGGGCCGGGAUUCCCGCGCCCUGCAGGGCCACCUCUCCCCGUGCUCCGCAUGCUCUGCAGAGGAGGGCGGCGCCUGGGGACUCUGCAGCCCGGGCCUGUCCCCACCUCACCAGGGGGCUGCUCUCGGGACAUGCCUCUGGCCGCUGGGCGCCGCAGUGCCUUCCUCCGUGGGGCCGGGCGCCCACCUGUGCAGCCUUACAUCAGCCGCGCCCACAGGGGUCUCCUCGCCCGUGGGGUCUCCCGCCUGUGGCCCCCACUCCCCGAGGCCCACGCGGGCCACACAGAAGCAGCUUGGAAGACCGUCCGCCAGGAAGGGGCUGGACAUGUGCCCGGCCCCCCCACACCCUCUCCCCCACGCAUCCCCCCAGCCUGAAAGCGCCCGGCGACCUUCUCUGCUUGUUCAGGAGACGUGUCCAAGCCUUAGCUGGCGCAGCCGGGGCUCCCCGCCCCAAGGGGCCAGCGGAGAGGUCGAGUCUGCCAAGCUGCUCUUUCCUGGAGGGCUGGGCACCCCCCCUCCAAGGUGUUCCUCUUUUCUUUUUCCUUUUUCCGCGCAUUUUUCUGACGCUGACCUGGCCUUGUGCUUCCCGGCCUCAGUCUGGGGGGCCGGGAGCCCCAGCUCUGUCCAGAGAACACGGUGACCUCUGGGUCUUCGAGAGGCGGCCCUCGACGCCCCUCCCCACGCGGCCAGGGCCCCGGCACUCGGGGCGGAGGGAAGGAGAAUGGGGCCUCUCCCCCUGCGCAGAGCCUCCCCCAGCUAAGAAAGCCGUCCCGCCGUGA